UUCAGCCGUAUGCGAAACCUUGUGUGAACUAUCUAGGGAGGAAUUUGCCGCCCAACAAAUUGUCCGGGAGAAUGGGAUUUAUCUGCUUGGGAAACACCUCCUAAUCCGAAGCCUUGGUUCUUCUGAUGAGACUCAAAUUGAGUCCACUUUUCGCGAUAUUAUUGUUACCGAAGUGGACCGCAGUGAACAUACUCUGUCAUCUGAAAAACCGGCUGUUCAACUGAAUGCGGUUCAAUUUUUGCAGAUUCAGGUUUUCCGGACCUUUCGCCGUUUGGCACAACUCGAACGCCAUCGUCGUAUGUUAAAGUCCCUCCUUCCGGCAACUCUUCUUGCUGAACUUCUGGGACUGAAUGCAUUCACUGAAGAUGAAGUAAACUAUCAACGCCUGGUUGACUGGAUGUCAUGUCUGAGUGAAGAAGAUCAAUCAAGAUUGCUCAGAGGUGUGCGUGCGUGCGAUUUGGAUCAGCCUCCCGUGCAAUGGAUUCGUGAAUACGCCGUGUCGGAAUUGCUCGGUACCGGAGCGUUUGGACAAGUCUACAAGGCGCGCAAAGAGACAAAGUCCGGUCAGCCGCAGGUUUAUGCGAUCAAAGAGGUGAAUACCACACAGGCAAUAUUUGGUCGGACUGAACAAGAGCGGCAGCAAAGUGUCCGAAAUAUUUUGAAUGAGGUGAACAUUAUUAAACAGCAGCUGCGGCAUCCAAAUAUCGUACGAUAUUACAAAACGUUUCUUCAUGGUAAGCAUGAAUAUUUCGGGAUAACUUAUUCCCUUCGAUAUUAUGCGUUUCUAAAAAUGCCAAUUGCACUAUUCCUGCCACCACUUAGAUAUAACUUUUCAUUUUGGGAAAAUGUGCUCACUAUCCCAAAAAAUCGAACGGCUUCACAACCCAAUCAAAUAUCUCCAGUUAGGGGAUGCACAUGUUGGAGUUCGGUAGUUGUUCGGGUGACUUUUGAUCUGGUUGCCGAGCUUUCAAACUUUUCACCACGAUUCAAGGGAACGUCGUCGGUGCGCAGCCUCACCCAUCCACACAUUGACGAUGUCCCCUCGAAUGUUAACGAAGCGUUUGCAAGUGAGUUGCCGAGCUCGGCGAAGGGUGAUCGACUAUACAUUGUUAUGGAAAUGCUUGAAGGUCUUUCGCUAACCGAACUCAUCAAUUCGAUGAAAGAAAAGAACGAACAUUUCACGGAGGAUCGAAUCUGGCACGUAUUCACACAACUAGUUUUGGCCUUGAGAUACCUGCAUCGUGAAAAGGGAAUCGUGCACCGGGAUCUGUCAUCGAAUAACAUCAUGAUAGGUGAAGGCGAUAAAGCUACCAUCACUGAUUUUGGAUUAGCCAAACAAAAAAUUUGGGACUCCUCCAAAAUGACAUCUUCGGUUGGAACCCUCGCCUUUUCAUGUCCAGAGAUAGUACAAAACCAGCCCUAUGGAGAAGGGGCUGACAUCUGGUCACUUGGUUGCAUACUAUAUCAAAUGUGCACGUACACACCCCCAUUUCAAGCCGAAUGCAUCCUCACCGUGGCCUCCAGAAUUGUCGGUGGACAGUUUAAACCUGUGAGUAGUGUCUCCAAGCUCCAGUAUUCUGAGAUGAUGGAAAACGUAGUUCGGGUGUGUUUGACGAGCGACCCACAAAAACGUCCCGAUAUCAUUGGUGUUGCGUCCCACCUGACGGAAGUUUUGCUGAAGCAGCUUGAUUCUGCCCGGCAAGUGGCAACUCAAGCAAAACUACGUCUGAGGGAGAUACGCGAUCAGUUUCGGCUUUCAUCGUCGACAGAUGCUGUCACAAAGCAUACUUCAGACAUAUCCCGUCCUCGGUCAAUGACAAAUGAAGUUUCACUGUUUCGACUUAACCCCUCGGAAAAAGAAACCACUCAACACACUUUACCACGAAUGACAAAAACACAACCCAGAGAAACACCACCGGUGACGAUACAGAAACCGUCGAGCUCAACUCGAGUAGUAAUUCCACAACACUGUCUUAAACCAGUCAACGAUCCUAUUCUGGAUGUUGUUGGACUGAUCCGGAAGCUAGAAUACGUGAGCUUCCAGUGUUCACCAUCUGCUCGGAAACAUUGUGCCAUCAAGCAGUUUGUCGAUAUUUACCGAAGACGCUUGUUCUCGGCUUCAAUUCCCUCCUCUAUCGUCAAACAAGAAUUGAUCCAACUGGCUCGGAAAGUCAGCAAGCCCGUAAAUCAAACGUUUCUCCCGUCAUACCCUCGGAUUCAUGAAGAAGGCAGUAAUGAGGGAGAUGACGUCACAUCCAACUUUAUGGAAGGCUGUGCAU